AUGUCAGUUUUACCCUCAUCUAUUUGGCUUCCUGCUGUCUCUUCUCAUUCCGAGUCGACUCGUCGUCGUUGUCGGACUCACCUGAAUGAUAUCAGCUCGUGUUCAUUGACUAGGCAGCAGCGACUCGGCGUCGACGCCAUUGUUAAGUUCGGAGUUUUCCGAAAACAAACAACCUAUCAGUGCUGCUUAGCUAUGCCAGUUGAAGAGGGACCCACUUCAUCAUCGUCUCAGUUGCAGGAUAGCUUGCUGUACUCCAGAGCAUAUUGGGUCACCAAAUCAAUAGUUGCUUGGAAUGUGGAAGCUGCAGAUGGUUCUUGUUAUCUGUACGCCAGCAAGACUGCUGCGUUAUAUGUUGCAAAUAAUGGAAUCGAAGGCCACGAUUUGAAAAUUAAGCUCGAAGAAGAUAGUGCUGGGCUUCCAGAAAAUGUGAAGGAAAAGUUUCCUCAUAUUCGAGAUUAUAGAGCUUAUAAGGUCCCUCUGGCUUUGGAUGUCAAAAGUCUGCUCAAGUGCCAAUUGGCUGUUGCUAUCUUCAGUUCUGAUAGGAAUUGCAUAAAUGCUACCGGUAUGCAGUUACCUGGUGUUGUUGAUGAAUUAUUCUCGUAUAAUGGACCCCUUGGCGCGGUUUUCUCAAACGGAGUUGUUUCACUUUACCUUUGGGCCCCUACUGCUCAAGUAGUACGUGCCUACAUUUACAGGGAUCCUUCAGGAAGUGAUCCUCUAGAAAUUCUUGAGCUUGAGGAGCUAAAUGGGGUUUGGAAUGCUAAUGGACCCAGAAAUUGGGAGGGCUGUUACUAUGUUUAUGAAGUCACUGUUUACCAUCCUAGCACCUUGCAGAUCCAAAAAUGUGUUGCAAAUGAUCCAUAUUCUAGAGGGCUCUCAGCUAAUGGAAUGCGGACUUUGUUAGUGAAUCUGGAUUCUGAUGCUUUAAAACCUGAAGGAUGGGAUAACUUGGCAGAUGAGAAACCUGAGCUUUUUUCUUUCUCUGACAUUAGUAUAUAUGAGUUGCAUAUAAGAGACUUCAGUGCUAGUGACUCUACUGUGCAUCCUGACUUUCGUGGUGGUUAUCUUGCCUUUACUUCCCAGGACUCAGCUGGUAUACUUCAUCUAAAGAGAUUAUCUAGUGCUGGUAUAAGUCAUUUGCAUCUGCUGCCAACCUUCCAAUUUGCUGGUGUUGACGAUGAAAAAGAUAAAUGGAAGAGUGUGGACACCCAGAUGCUUGAAAGUUUACCAUCAGAUUCGAUUGAGCAACAAGCUCAUAUCACAUCCAUCCAAAAUGAAGAUGGGUAUAACUGGGGAUAUAAUCCUGUUCUCUGGGGGGUUCCUAAAGGAAGCUAUGCAAGUAAUCCAAAUGGUCCAUGCCGUACAAUCGAGUUUCGAAAGAUGGUGCAGUCACUUAAUCGUAUUGGCCUUCGUGUUGUGUUGGACGUUGUCUAUAAUCAUUUGCAUGGAAGCGGCCCGUUGGAUGAGAACUCUGUUCUUGAUAAGAUUGUUCCUGGUUACUAUCUUAGAAGGAACACUGAUGGCUGUAUUGAGCAUAGCACCUGUGUAAAUAAUACUGCCAGCGAACAUUUUAUGGUGGAACGUCUGAUUCUUGAUGAUCUUUUAUGCUGGGCAGUUCACUAUAAGGUUGAUGGGUUCAGGUUUGACCUCAUGGGACAUAUAAUGAAACAUACCAUGAUGAAGGCUAAGAGUGUGCUCCAUGGCCUUUCGAAGGACAAAAGUGGAGUAGAUGGUUCAAGCAUUUACAUAUAUGGUGAAGGAUGGGACUUUGGUGAAGUAGCAAAAAAUGGACGUGGGGUAAAUGCAUCUCAGUUCAACCUUUAUGGAACUGGAAUCGGGAGCUUCAAUGAUCGGAUUCGUGACACAUUGCUUGGAGGGUCUCCAUUUGGUCAUCCUCUUCAACAAGGAUUUGUGACAGGUCUGUCUUUGCAGCCUAAUGGUCAUGACCAUGGUACUAAAGCUGAUGCAGAGCAUACGCUUGCUGUAUUGAAGGAUCACAUUCAGGUCCAUAGUUUUGAUGCCUUCCCAUUUCUGGUAAUGUCGAAUAUUGUGUUUAAGGUUACAUACUAGCCUGGAGGGGCGGCUUUUUGAAGUUUGCAAUAGUUGAUGCGUUUUUCAUAAUUAUGGGACAGUUGUGAUAGUUGGUAUCCACUAUUCAUCAUACUUUAAGGGGAAGAUAUCAUAUGAAUGGGUGAUUUUGUAUAGCACUCCAGUUGGGAGCAGUGGUAGAUGAAAUUGACUUGAGGUUUUGUUGAGAACCCAUUUUGUUUUAUUUUCUUGUAAUAAAGUGGUGUUGUACCUUGCCAUUAUCAGAAGACCAAAACAAAAAAACUAGCCCUUCUCACUUCUUCCACUGAAUUUGGCAGGAGUUGCUAACACAUGACAUUUGUGGUAUAGUAUGUGCCACGUCAAAUAGGCUCUAGAAUAUGAGCAAACAAUAACCUCCUUGUAGUUUUUUUUUUUU